GCCCCGCGCAGCGCCCGCGCCGCUGCCCGGGCUGAGCGGAGCCCGGCCAUGGAGCUCCGCCGGUCCAUCUCGGCCAGCGCCGAGGCCGAGAGACCCAUGCGGCGCUACGGGGCAGUGGAGGAGACGGAGUGGAAGGCGGAGGCGCUGGGCAGAAAUCAACUUGACAUCAUUUCAAUGGCUGAAACAACAAUGAUGCCUGAGGAAAUUGAGCUUGAGAUGGCAAAGAUCCAGAGACUUCGGGAAGUCUUAGUCAGAAGAGAAUCAGAACUCAGGUUUAUGAUGGAUGACAUCCAGCUGUGCAAAGACAUUAUGAACCUUAAGCAGGAGCUGCAGAGUUUGGUAGCAAUCCCAGAAAAAGAAAAAACAAAGAUGGAGAAGCAAAGAGAAGAUGAACUGAUUCAGAAGAUUCAUCGACUGGUACAAAAAAGAGAUUUUCUUGUAGAUGAUGCAGAGGUGGAGAGAUUACGGGAAAAAGAAGAAGACAGAGAGAUGGCUGAGUUCCUUCGCACCAAGUUAAAACCCAUCGACAAAGCAACACAGUCUCCUACCAGCAGCCCAGCAGAAAAGAAGGCAGAACCUCCUCCAAGCAAGCCCACCAUUGCCAAGGCAGGAUUGGCAAUUAUUAAAGAUUGUUGUGGGGCCACACAGUGCAACAUCAUGUAGAGAGAGCCCUGGGCUUCCCACCCU